AUGGCAAUGCUUAAAAAAUUGCCCGAAGAAGUCUUAAAUUUGUGGUACAAAUGGGAGAUUCGAGGAAUGGUUUUACUUAGUCUCUUGCUACAAAUCAUCCUCAUCAUAUUCGGUUCUCGACGAAAGCACAUUGUAAGAAGCUGGAUCAGGAUUCUUGUUUGGUCUGCAUACCUAUCAGCAGACAUGGUGGCAACUGCUGCACUGAAUAAUCUUUCCAGGACCCAAGGAGAUUCGGGUGACGGUUCAAUGAAACCAAACAAUUUAAUCCAGGCAUUUUGGGCACCUUUUCUACUCCUGCACCUUGGUGGCCCAGACACAAUCACUGCAUACGCGAUUGAAGAUAACGAGUUGUGGUUAAGGCACGUUUAUAGUCUAGCACUCCAAUUCGGAGUGGUUUUUUAUAUCUUCUCAAGGUUUUGGGGUAGUGAUAUCCUCACCUUCAUAGCAAUCCCGAUGUUCAUUGUUGGCAUCAUCAAGUAUGCAGAGAGGACUUGGGUGCUCAGGUCUUCAUGCUCCAAGAACUUAAAAGAGGCUGUUCUCUCAAAAUUUCGACCUUUUUAUCCAUUAAGGGCAUUAUCUGCAACUCUUCGACAAGCUUUCGAGGGAAAUUAUCUUCGUCGAGCUCGUACUUUUUUCAAUAUAUCCAUGUUUAUGAUGCAGGAUCUUGUCCCUGGCAUUCCUGCACUAAUGAACAGCCAGUUGAUCAUUUCCGCAAAUUCAGCAGAAGAUGCUUUCAAGGUGGUGGAGGUUGAGCUUGGAUUAAUUUAUGAUUGGCUAUAUACUAAAGCGCCCCUGAUUUAUUCCCCUGUGGGAAUCGUUCUUCGUUUUGUCACCGUUUUGCUCUCUUUCACUGCAUUCGUUACCUUCGAAGUCAUGAUCGACAGGCAUGCCUACUCAACAAUCGACAUUACAAUUGCAUAUUUAUUGUUAUUCGGAACUGUUUUUCUCGAGAUUUAUGCUUUGCUGUGCCUCGUUUUCUCUGACCGAACAAUGAUUUGGUUGAUUGAUGAAGGAGGAAACGCCCUAACUCGUCAAAUUUGUCGUGCUAUUUAUUCUCUGACGGGGAAGUUAACUACAAGCAAGAGGUAG